CACCUCACAUGACUAAACCGCGGGAUUCGAUUGGUCUGCGUCUACUCCGUGUUUAUUUCCGGAAGUAAGUUGUUGUCAGUGUCAGACUUUCCACUAGGAUUAUCAAAUCUCACAUUUACAGCACCAGAACGUCAGGUGUGUCCUCAUCCACAGGAUGGCACAUUGGUUUCACAGGAACCCUCUGAAGGCAACAGCGCCUGUGUCCUUUAAUUUCUAUGGAGUGGCAGGAAGCCCCUCUGCCAAUAAGAUAUGCAAUGACCUGCGGACUAACAGGGCGAGACUGCUGGAGAUGUUCACAGAUGUCACCUGCAACCCUGAGAUCAUGAAAAAUGCCACAGAUGCAUACUUCUCCCUCCUCCAAGGCUUUAUCACGGCCCUGGAUGGAACAACACAGGAGAACAAGAUGAGAUUCAUUCAGAACUUCAAGUGGACUGACACCUUACAAGGAAACACACCAAGUGCCCAGCAGGAUGCAGUCUUUGAACUGGUCUCCAUGGCCUUCAAUGUAGCCCUGUGGUACACCAAGUUUGCCUCGAGACUAGCAGGGAAAGAAAACGUGACAGAGGCUGAAGCGAAAGAUGUUCACCGGAGCCUGAAAGUGGCUGCUGGUAUAUUCAAAACUCUCAAGGAGGUCCACAUCCCUCGUCUCAUCACCCCGGCUGAAAAAGGCAGAGACCUGGAGCCCAGAGCGAUGGAUACAUACAUCAUCCAGUGCCAAGCGGAGGCACAAGAAGUGACAAUUGCCAGAGCAAUUGAACUGAAGCACAACGCAACACUCAUCGCAGCGCUGGCAUUUGAGACAGCAAACUUUUAUCAAAAAGCUGACCACACGUUGAACACCUUGGAGCCAGAAUGCAGUGGCAAAUGGAGGAAGUACCUUGAGCUGAAGCAGCACUUCUACAUGGCUUAUGCUUAUUGCUAUAAUGGGCAGACGCUGUUGGCGAGUGACAAGUGCGGUGAGGCUAUAAGAUCCCUCCAGGAGGCAGAAAAGUGUUACUCCCGUGCUGAGGCGCUGUGCAAAGAGUACCGUCAGACCAAAGGGCCGGGCUCCACGGCCAAACCAUCAGAGCAGCUGUUCUUCCUCAAACUGGGCGGCCUCAUCAAAAACACUCUGGAGAAGUGCCAGAGAGAAAAUGGCUUCAUAUACUUCCACAAGGUCCCGGCCGAGGCCCCCGACCUGGAGUUGAAGGCCAGUUACGGCCUGGCUGAGCCAAUCGCCUUCGAGCUGCCGCCUCUCAGCGAGCAGUGCACUCCUGAAGUCUACGCCACCUUCGACCUGACCAAGGGAGCCAAAAAUGACAAGGCGAAACCCAAGGAGGCAGAGGUGAAGCCGGUGAAGGAGCCGGACCUGAAGCCUCAGAAGGACACCGGAUGCGUCAUCUCAUAAACUUUCCACACUUUCUAUUUUCAGCCUCAUGCUAUAAUACCAUCUAUUGUAAUGAUGGCAUCCAUAUUUCUAACCUCCAUAGGAAAAAUGUAUUUUUUUGUUCUAGAAAUCCAUGGUAGUUUACAUAUAGGCUAAAACAUCUGUAUUAUAUUUGACAGCCCAUUAUCCUUGCGUCUAAGCCAGAGACAUUCUUCAAGUAACAUUUUAAAUCAAUAUUUCAGGUUAUUAGUAGCAAUUACAUGUUCUAGUAAAACAAUAGUACAAAAAGGCCUUAUAAUUUAUAGCAGUCCUAUAAAUGGUGCCUUUGGCUGUGGGGCAAUUUCAACCUCUUAUAAAAGUGUCUUUAUUUUUAAAGGGGCCCUACACACCCCCCCCUGCCUGAAACGCCUUCAUUGGACUCCUUUGUCUACUUCCGUAACAUAAUGAAAUCACUACGUAACACUCGCUGUUCUAUUGGCUAGUGCUCCAACACAUUGUACGUGAUAGGCUAAGGUGCUGCAGCACAGGCAGUAUUGAACAUUAAAUAAUGGAAACAUCUCACAGGAGAGGCAAAUACAAAUAUGAAAAAAAUGUGCAUAGUACCAUGCACAUUUUUGGCCCUUGAUUGCUCUGGCCUGAUUAUAGGAAAUAAAGACAAAAGGAAAUAGAUUUAAACUAAAUAUACAGUACUGGCAUCUAAAAAGAUAUGUUGUAAAGUUUUCACUACAGAAUAUGAUGCAGCCAGCUGGAUGUUGGAAAUGUCAUUCCCACAAUCAGAAAACUCACUUAUAACAGAAUUGAAACGGGGUCAGACAAUAUGAACAAACCUGCAUUGCUGAUACAUUUUUUUUGCUGUUUACAAUCAAUACUUUUAGAUCACAUGACGUAUGUACUGUAGUUCUUUUUGUACAUGAUAACUGUUUUUUUGUACUUCUAUUCAUUUAGGAAAUUACUCAAUGAGGCUGGAUGAUUACUUCACAUGCUUAGGGAUAUACAUCCUGAUAAUAGUAGUUCUUAAUUUAUUUCCGUUGUUAUGUAAUGAUAUUUUAGCUGAAAACACUUAUACAAUCACAUGUAUCUCAAAUCAUAUGUUUUGGUGAUUUCUAUGUUUCAGUGGGCGCUCCGGCUGAAACAUACUGCUGUUGUCAAUCGUUGACACAUGUAUGUAUGUUCUGUACAUUUAUUGAGUAUUUUCCCCUUCCUUAAAGACAGUGAUGGGAGCGUGAGCAUGACCACACACACACGAACAUCAGUGUCUAACGUUUGCUCCAACUUGUCCAAAGUCUCCCAUGGUUACGGCAUAACUAUUAAUCGCUGAAUAAACUGUUUCAUACUGCCCACAUGUAUGCCCCUAGAAAAGGAGACAAGUAUCCUCACUGAUCCAUAUUUAUAUAUUAUAUAUACGUGGAGCAGCACAGAAAUCAGACCAGUGCUUUAUUCUUUUCCAGGCAACUGUGUAUUAAAGGGUGUUGGGAAUACCAUUACAAUGUGCGCUUCUUCUCAUUCAUGUACAAUGUAUUUCUGACAGUAUUACAUCAUCCAUAACACUCCACAUGCUUAUACUGUACAUGUACACGAUUCAUCCUAGCUAUUAAAAGGAGAAAGGACCCA